AUGACGCAGGAUAUCACAUUCGAGGACAUCGCAAGCCUCAACGCCACCCUCUUCGAAUGGGCCGAGAGCUAUGACACCAAGGACUGGGCCCGAUUACGCCGCUGCCUCGCACCCACGCUCCGCCCCGUCGACUACCGCUACACCUAUGGCCAACUCUGGGAGUCCAUGCCCGCCGACGCCUUCUUGGCUUAG